AAAUUAGUAAUAUUAAAAUGUAAUACUAUAUUUUUUGCCACGUGUCAUCUUUCGGGAGAAGUUUUUUUUGCUGAUGUGGACGCUCUAUGGAGCCUCAAAAGCUCCCUUUUAUUAGUAUAGAUUACUCUUCAUACGUGCGUGAGCUUCCAACGAUUCGGUUAGUGCUAAGCUUCACACGCGCCUAAAAACCCUAACGGUCUAAGCAACAACCAACAACCUCGCGCCAUUAGAUAUAAGUAACUUGUUCUUCUUCGCUCAUUCAUCUUUCUCUCUAGACACUUCUCUCAUCUCUGGCCAUGGCUACUUCUCCAUCUGAUAAACUUGUCCAAGAAGAAGAAGUGGUAACAGAGGAGGUUGAUCCCGCCAAAACAACCGAGGAAGAAGACGAAGCGCGAACAGAAGAAGACCAAGCGCGAACAGAGGAGGCUGAUCCCGAAAAAACAACCGAGGAAGAAGACGAAGUGCGAACAGAGGAAGAAGACGAAGUGCGAACAGAGGGCGUUGAUCCCACCAAAACAGAGGAGGUUGAUCCCGCGAAAACAACCGAGGAAGAAGACGAAGUGCGAACAAAGAAAGACGAGACGCGAACAGAGGAAGACGAAGCGAGAACAGAGGAUGUUGAUCCCACCAAAACAAUCGAGAAAGAAGACGAAGUGAAAACAGAGGAAGAAGACGAAGUGCGAACAGAGGAAGACGAAGUGCGAACAGAGGAAGUUGAUCCCACCAAAAAAACCGAGAAAGAAGACGAAGUGCGAGCAGAGGAAGAUAAAGCGAGAACAGAGGAAGAAGAAGUGAGAACAGAGGAGGUCGAUCCCACCAAAACAACCGAGGAAGAAGACAAAAUGCGAACAGAGGAAGAAGAUGAGCACAAGGAAGAAGCUAUCGAGAGCCUUCUUGAAUCUACUCGUAAUCUCAACAUAGAAGACGAAGAGUCCGACCAACAAACUGAGAAUCAGAAUCGUCAAGAAGAUCCGAUCACGACUCGUAGGAGCGAUCAAGCGAUGGAACGUGGCUCAACAUCGCUUGCAAGUGACCAGAACCGUCCUCUUGAUUCUGAUCCCAACACUUCUCCUAUUAGUCUCAGCGUACAAGACCAAGGAACCGAGAACCAGAAUCCUCAAGAACAGUCAAUGAUUCCUAGGAGCGGUCAAAGGAUGGAACGUGGCUCAACAUCUUCUGCAAGGUAUCAGAACCAAAACCGUCCUCUUGCUCUUCCGAAUCCUCCUUCUAGCGUUCAAGCCUCUCAACAGAUGAUGAUGCCUCCUCGUCUUGGCCCAAGCGUGCCUCCAUAUCAGCAAAACCCUUACGGUUUACCCCAGCCAAGAUGGCUCGUAGUAGACCACUUUUACUCAGACGGGCUUGGUCUAUACGGUGCACAAUGGAGAUUCCGAACCAUCACUCCUUUUCUCCCAAACCAGAACACAUAUCCGCAUCAGCUGGUGCCGAUGGAGCUGCCCGGUCAGCCUGGAACUGAAUUAGUAUGCUACAGCCAGUCCUUCGGUGUGCUUCGGCAGGGCCAACUCGUUCCCCACCAGGAAGCUCCUCCAAUGAGGCCGCAGCAGCAGAACCAGUUUCGAAGUCUACCUCCAAUGAGGCCGAUGCUGCCACAGGACGACUUCGUUGUCCAUCUAGGUCAAGUCCCGGUGAGGCCAAUGAUGUAUUACCAGGAACAGAACCAGAUUGUUCCCAACGCGGGCAUACAAGCUCCGGCGAGGCCAAGUCUACCCCAAGUCAGAGUUCCGAUGAUGCAGCCACCGGUGCUUUUAUAUCCGCCACCUAUAGUUAACGCUGUACCAGUGAGGCCAGUGAUGAACCAAGGAGGAGGACAACGGUUUAGGUUCCCCAUGAUUCAACAGCACCACGGUUCUCCCAGUGCACCAUGGCCUGAGCAGAAUCAGCAACUUCAGUCUCCAAGGGAGUCUCAGGGUUCCAACGAUGGACCGUUUUCUUCUGGCGGAAGUCAAGACUAGAGCAUAAGAGGUGUUAGGUAAAAAGUUUUUAAAAGUUUUUAAAAGAUACAAAAUGAUCUCAGAUUGAUUUUGAUAAUUGUAAAUGAAAUGUUGAUUACUCUUUUUUACUCAAAGAUCUAGUAGAGGUAUA